AUGGCCAAGUGGCUCCGAGACUACCUGAGCUUUGGCGGUCGGCGGCCCCCUCCGCAGCCGCCCACCCCCGACUACACCGAGAGCGACAUCCUGCGGGCCUACCGCGAGCAGAAGGAUCUGGACUUUGAAGACCCCUACGAGGAUGCUGAUAGCCGCCUAGAGCCCGAUUCCUCCGCGGGGCCCGGGGACUCCAAGGGCCCUGGAGACGCGAAGUACGACUCUCCAAAGCACCGGCUCAUCAAGGUGGAGGCAGUCGACAUUGCCAGAGCCAAGGUCUUGCUGGGAAGCCCCGGGGAAGAGUCAAAAGUCGACACCGAGUACUCGGACCCCUUUGAUGCCCAGCCCCAUCCACCACCUCCGGAUGAUGGCUACAUGGAGCCCUACGAUGCCCAGCGGGUCAUGAGUGAACUGCCAUGCAGGAGGGUGCAGCUGUAUGACACCCCCUAUGAGGAGCAGGACCAAGAACUGGGAGAUGGGACCCCUUCAGGGCGGAAACCUCGACAGAGUCGGCUGCCCCAGGAGGAUGAGCGGCCAGCAGACGAGUAUGACCAGCCCUGGGAGUGGAAGAAAGACCAUAUCUCCAAGGCGUUUGCAGUUCAGUUUGACAGUCCAGAGUGGGAAAGAACCUCGGGCUCAGCCAAGGAGCUCCGGAGACUGCCGCCCAGAAGCCCCCAGCCUGCAGAGCGCGUGGACCCGGCCCUGCCCCUGGAAAAACAGCCGUGGUUCCACGGCCUGCUGAGCCGGGCAGAUGCCGAGAACCUCCUGUCGCUCUGCAAGGAAGGCAGCUACCUUGUGCGGCUCAGUGAGACCAGCCCCCAAGACUGCUCCCUGUCCCUCAGGAGCAGCCAGGGCUUUCUGCACCUGAAGUUUGCGCGCACCCGAGAGAACCAGUUCGUGCUGGGUCAGCACAGCGGCCCUUUCCCCAGUGUGCCAGAGCUGGUGCUGCAUUAUAGCUCCCGCCCACUGCCCGUGCAGGGUGCCGAGCAUCUGGCCCUCCUGUACCCGGUGGUCUCACAGACCCCGUGA